UUGUAUAAAUAUAGUUGCAUUCGGUUGCACUUGCUCAAAAUGAAAUAGAUAGAUAAUUAAAUAUCAGAAUGCGCGGAGAGAAACAAAGAAAAGAUAGAAAAAGUACAAGAGGUGCAACUAAAGAACAGAUUCACUGUUUUGUCCUGUACAUGUAUAACACAACUCUGAGAAGAUACUAUUCACUUGCGAUUGCUCGCGAUAGAUUUGGAUAGAUUAUAGCAACACUUUGAAGUAGAUUUUCAUUACAUUUAUUUCGUCAGCAUGUGGUAAUCAUUGAAGGAAGUUCUGUUAAUCUCAUUAUAUAUAUAUAUAUAUAUAUGUGUGUGUGUAUAUGUAUAUAUAUAUAUUUAUAUUUAUACAUAUAUAUAUAUCGUACGCAAAAUCUCGUCGACAUAAAUAAAUUAUGGAAGCGAGCGAGAAUGAAGCUCAAGAAAACCCGCAAGACGGAGAUUAUGGAUUUGUUUGGCAAGAUUAUCUUGAUGCUACAGCAACUGUAGAAGUUCCACAACAUAUGUUUCCUCAUGUGGAGUUGACAUUGCAAAAUAGCAUUGAGAUAGGUAUGUCGCUAGAGGUGCCAGUGCAAAAAAAUGAUCAGAAGGAACCAUCAUAUUGGGUAGCUUCUAUUGUCAUGGCUUGUGGACCUUUAUUACGGUUGCGUUACUUUGGUGGCGAUGACAGAUCGUUAGAAUUUUGGUUUAAUCUUACAAAAGAAGCUGGUCAUGAACUUGGCUGGAGUGUAAAAAACAAGAAGAAGUUAGAACCACCUGAUGUUAUACUUGAAAAAUCACCAGAUUGUAUAAAUAAACUUGAUGAAUUCUUAUUGACAGCACGCACACUACCAGCUGAAAUGUUAACAGGAGAUGGUCUAAGUAUGACAGAGAAGAUUAAGAAAGGAAUGAAGGUUGAGAUAAAUGAUCCAUUACAUCCAUACAAACUAUGGGUUGCUACGAUUAUUGAAAAUAUUGGUGGACGUCUUUUAUUAAGAUAUGAUACACCAGGUUCCUCUUCGAAAGAUUUCUGGAUAUUUUGUACAUCUGAGCGAUUACAUACAUAUGGAUUUGCAACCAAAUCAAAUUCCGUUUGGUUUUUGGGACCACCUUCUUCACUAGUUGAUUUGCACACAUAUGAAGAAUGGAAAGAUUUGAUAGAUUCCAAACGAAAAGAUUGUGAGCAUUUGGAAUUGUUUAAUAAUACCAUACAUCAUCCGAAACACAAUUUUGAAGUGGGAAUGAAGAUGGAAGCUUUGAAUCCGGUAGAUCGGACAAAGAUGUGCCCUGCUACCGUGACACAAGUAUUCGACGAUACUUAUUUUCUUGUGAAAAUUGACGCACAUACCAAGGCUACAAGUGAUACACGUUGCUCUGAAAAUAAUACAUGGUUGUGUACUGCAGAUCAUCCGUACAUAUUUCCAGUUGGAUGGGCACGAAAACACAAUGUUACGAUUACUAAUCCACAAGGUUGGACUCCAAAGACUGAAGAAUUUGAGUGGAACGAAUAUUUAGAGGCGUUCUAUGCUAGUGCGGCACCUGAGAAUUUAUUUAGCAAACAUUUGGCUGCUGUUGAGGCAGGUUUUGAAUGCGGCAUGAGAUUAGAAGCUGUCGACUCAAAAGACAAACAUGUAAUUUGUGCCGCUCACAUAACUAAGAUCGUCAAUAAUCUCUUAUGGAUAAAAUUAGAUAAUUGCAAUUAUUCUCGACCAGAUCAUAUAGUCGAUAUGCAUUCCUUGCAAAUAUUUCCCGUUGGAUGGUGUGAAUCCAACCAUUACCCGCUAAAACCGCCGCACGAUUAUAUUGAAGUCUGCAAAAAACUAGAAAGAACUGUAAAGGAAGAGAAGAAGGCGAAUCUCUUGGACAUACCAAUUUCAGAACCACGGUCUUCACUCUGGUGUCCAAAGAUAUAUUUUAAUUACCGGUGUUUUACAGGCCCAAUGAUCUCAAAAGGUAAAUUAGCAACACUUCCAAAGUCAGUGGGGCCUGGGCCAGUCGUGUUGGUUAUGCGAGAAGUUUUAUCGAUGAUAGUAUCCGUCGGGUAUAGAAGUGCCAGAAUUUUGAAAGUUCUGCAAUGUGAUACCAAGCCAGAUCCUGGAUAUCACUUAGAGGUUUUAAAGGCAAAACACAAAAACAACACAUAUCGCGCAAGUGUAGCCAUUGUUACAUCGGGAGACAUGGUAGCGGAUUUCUGUAGAAGUGUUUGUAAAAAACUAAUGGUAUGCCCAAAUUUGUUCGGUCCUCUGUAUGUAUCAGAGAACGAAUGUCCAGACGAAUGUUAUAAAACAUCAAAAACAAAAUUUACAACGGUUGGAACUGGUAAGAGAGGAAAGCCAAAAGGAUAUACAAGUAUCAUGGUACAAAAAUCGAAACCGUGGGGUAGAAAGCGUAGAAGAAGGCGUGGUAGAUGGGCGAAUAAACAGAAAGACGCUAAUGAGGAAUAUGAGCAAGAAGAAAUGGCCUUUAUGUCAUUAGAUUUGGCUAAACAUGUUUCAGAGAAUCAAGUCGAAGAGACAUACGAAGGAAGACAACUGCUUUCAGAAAUAGACAUUAUGAUACAAAAAGGCUUGGAGAAAUCCGAUAAAGAAGAUUUCAAGAUGGAAAUUGCAUCUAGUAAUGUUUCCGAAGAUUCCGGCAGUUCGUUUAAUGAUAGAAAGCUAAAAGAUAGAGAGUUGUGCAGUCCCUCAAAUUUAAAUUCAAAGCAACAUUCCACAAGAUUCGGUCAGAGUUCUGCAAUCACCAGAGGAAUUAAAAGAGAAUGGGACACGAGCAUAGAAUCCGAUUGCUCUGAGGCAGAUGCCGAAUACUUGAGAAUGCAAAAGACUCAAAGACGACCGAAAACACGGAAACUUGAUUCGAAUCCGCUAUAUUGGAGUGUAGACGACGUGUUUCGGUAUCUCAGAAAAACAAAUGACUGCAGAGAUCUCGCAUAUCGCAUCAAGGAAGAGGAAAUUGACGGUCUCGCAUUUUUGCUGUUGAAUCUUCCCUCUCUUACACAGCAUAUGAAAUUGCGGACAAGUUUAGCUAUGAAACUAUGUCGACACGUUGAGCAAGUCAAAGUUACGUUUUUUCUGCGACACAUUCAUGAAAUGGAGCCUGAACAAUAUCAAAUGGUUUAAUGUAAUUAAUGAUUCAAUUAUUUUGCAAAAACGAAUUUAUUAUAAUGUCUGUAUAAUGUACAUAUAGUAACAGACGUCCAUAUAUAAAAACACACAUCAUGGAAACAGUUGUUUGAGAAUCUUUGUAAUUUUUCAGUUACAUAAUGCACAAAUUAACCAGGAAUUAAGUGAUCGCGACUACACAAAUUCGCAGUAUUUUAUUCUCAAAAAGUGAAAACAUCAGUUGAUGUAUAUAGUGUCCAUAAUCAUGUCAUACACACAUCUUAUUUUGUCAAGAGUUUUUUUCAAAAAUUUUAGUUUUUUUCUAUUUUACUAAGGCUUAUAGUACAAUGACUGUGAAUAAAAUAAAAUGU